AUGAAGUCCGCUCUCGUCUCCUCCCUCCUCUUUGCUCUGGCUCUGGCAGGGGCAGUGCCAAAGAAGGUUGAUUACAACGGCUUCAAGGUCUUGCGCGUCAACCUCAAUGAAAAGCUGGACAAGCUCGAGGCACUUGAGAAGCUGGCCACCCACGUAUUGAACCCUGGAAAGGCCUCCUUCGUCGAUGUUGUCGUCGCCCCGGAGAAUGUGGACGCUGUCAAUGCCCUGUCCGCAGCCACUGUCAUAACUGAGGAUGUUGGCGCCGCACUGAAGGAGGAGGGAGGUUUCUCGGCUUACGCAGGUUCCGAGACUUGGUUCACUGCAUACCACUCAUAUGCCGACCACCUCCAGUUCCUGCGGGAUCUGCAAGCCGGCUACACCAGCAACUCCGCCAUUAUCACUGCAGGGACCUCAGUCGAGGGACGAACCCUCACGGGUAUCCAGAUCUGGGGUACUGGCGGAAGGGGAUCCAAGCCUGCAGUGCUUAUCCACGGCAACGUGCAUGCGCGUGAGUGGAUCACCAGUAAGACUGUCGAGUACAUUGCAUGGCAAUUGCUCACUAAGUACUCCACCGAUGCCACGGUGAAGUCCCUUGUCGACAAAUUCGACUUUUACAUCGUGCCCAUCGUUAACCCCGAUGGCUUCGUCUACACUCAGAGGACUGAUCGACUCUGGCGCAAGAACCGCCAGACAGUCAGUUCCAGCCGCUGUGUCGGCCGCGACAUCAACCGCAACUGGCCCUACAAGUGGGACGCUCCCGGCGGCGCGUCCACAGAUCCCUGCUCGGAGACGUACAAGGGCGUCGCUGCCGGCGAUGCGCCCGAGAACAAGGGUCUCGUUGCUCAAGUCCAGCAGCUCAAGGCGUCUCGGGGUAUCCGCUUGUACCUCGACAUUCACUCCUACGGACAGUACAUCCUCUGGCCGUAUGGCUAUGACUGCAACCUCCGUGCGGAGAAUGAUGCCCAACACCGCAAUCUGGCUACCCGCGCGGCUUCUGCUAUCCGUGCUGUGUCUGGGACAGCUUACACUAUUGGUCCCUCUUGCUCUACUCUCUACGCAACCACUGGCAGCAGCACGGAUUACACUGAUGUCACUGGAAAUUCUACUUACUCGUACACAUACGAGCUCCGGGAUACUGGUAAAUACGGAUUCUCCCUGCCGGCGAACCAGAUCCAGCCCACCGUGCGGGAGACCUGGGCGGGUAUCGUGAGUAUGCUGAAGGAUGCGUAG